AUGACAGAUGGAGCGUCGUUUGACUUCGUGAUCGUGGGCGGGGGCACGGCAGGCAGCGUGCUGGCAAACAGGCUCACGGAGGACCCUAAUGUAUCCGUCCUGCUGGUGGAGAUUGGUCCCGACCCUCCUAUGGAAUCUAAUGUUCCAGGUUUGGCCAAAUAUCUAAUAAACUCAAACCUAGAUUGGAGCUACAAUAUAGAUGAAGAUGAAGACGCAUUUCCAUGUCUAGCAGACAACAGAUAUCGCGGACAUCAAGGAAAAGUGUUGGGGGGCAGCAGCAGUAUCAACGGAAUGUAUUAUGUGCGGGGACAUCCAGAAAAUUUCAACUUAUGGGCCAGAGCCGUAAAUGAUUCGUCUUGGAACUACAACAACGUACUACGAUAUUUCAAAAAGAGCGAACGUCUUGAAGAUCUCAGCAUCCUUCGUUCUAGAGACGGAAGGUUCCACGGCACUAAUGGAUAUAUAGGAGUUACCAAAGUUAAUAAUACUUAUACAGAAAAAUUCAAAGGUGUUUUCCGGGAAAUGGGAUACAAGUUUGUUCGAGAUAUAAAUGGGAAGGACAAUAUUGGAUUCAGUGAGCAACUGAUAACAUUUGCAAGCGGUCUUCGUCAAAGUACUGCCGUCGCAUUUCUAUCUCCCAUCAAAAAUCGCCCUAAUUUACACAUUUUAAAAAAUACCCUCGCAACAAAGGUUGUUAUAAAUGAUAAAACUGCAACAGGCGUUGUAGUGACUGAUAAUGAUAAUAAUACUAUUACCAUAAACGCAAACAAAGAAGUAAUACUUUCGGCUGGAUCCGUCGGUAGUCCACAGCUGCUGUUACUGUCAGGAAUCGGCCCAAGCGAGCAGUUAGAGAGUUUAGAUAUAGAAGUAAUUGAAGAUCUUCCCGUUGGAGAAAAUUUGCAAAAUCAUCAUGUUGUAUUUUUAGUACUUAAGUUACCAGAUCUAGAUGAGUCAAUUCCUGUAAAUCCUUAUGAUUACACUUCUUCUUUGGUGACCGGACAUGUGUCGCUGAAUGCAUCAGCAACAUCACCUGAUUUCCAAGUUCUUGCACAAGUUAUCAACGAUCAAGGAGUCGUUUCUGAUUGCAUAAUGUUCAAUUAUAAUGAUCAAAUCAGUGAACACUUUUAUAAUAAAGUGAAAGGUCACAAAGUUGUGUACAUGGGAAUCACGGAUGUAAAACCUAAAUCACGGGGGGUGAUUUCAUUAAAGAGUUUGGAUCCAAAAGAGAGUCCAUCGAUUAGUGUCCGCCCGUAUGCUGAAGAAGAAGAUUUGGAAAAUAUAGUGAGCUAUGUACAAAAUAUAGGUCGGAUUGCUAAUACUACUUAUUUGAAGAGCAUUGGAGCAGAGCUGGUGACGUUGCCGAGUUGUGAGGACUUUGAGGUGGGGAGCCGAGAGUACUGGAAGUGUUACGCGCGGUGUAUGAUCAGUACAGGGUUCCACUACGUGGGCACGUGCGCCAUGGGCUCCGUGGUGGACAGCCGGCUGCGCGUGCGCGGCGUGGAGAGGCUGCGCGUGGUGGACUCCAGCGUUAUGCCCUAUAUCACCAGCGGGAACACAAUGGCGCCCACCAUCAUGAUCGCUGAGAAAGGAGCUGACAUGAUCAAGGAAGAUAACAAUAUGCGUGUUUGGAGAAGUUAA